AUGAAAAAUCAAAACAAUGAUAAACUAACUAAUUUAAAGGAUUUACUUCCCUUUUAUAAAAAAGAUAAUGAAAAAUUAAAUGAAAAUACCGAAGGUAUUGUUUACUCUGUUAAAAAAAAAUUUAACUUUAUAAAAGAAAAGGGAGAAUCUACAUUUAAUGAAUAUGAGCAUACUAAAAAAGACUUAGAACUAUUAAAUAGAGAAUUAAAAUUAAACAAAAUUUCUUUGGGCCAACAAAAAAUUGGAUAUGAAGAAUUAAAAACCAAAAAUGAAGAAAUAUUAAAUAAAUUUGAAAAUUUGAAGCAUUCUAAGUAUACUUAUCAAAUGAUGCUACAAAGAGUCAAGAAAGAAAAAAAAUUAUUAUAUUUUUAUUUAAAUUCAUUAGAAAGAACUGUAAAUAGUUUAAAAAAUAAUGAAAAACAUUUAUAUAAUAAUAUUCAAAAAAUAAUGUCGGAAAACAAAAAUUUAAGAAAAUCUAUUGAUGAAAAGAAAGUGGAAAUAAUUAAAGCAAAAAAUAAGAAUGAAGAAAUCUUGAAAUAUAUGAAUGUGAAUAAAGAACAUAGUAAUAUAUUAAGGAUAAGAAGGGAGAUGAUUAAUGAAUAUAAAAAAAAUAAAUUAAACAAUGCAGAUAUAACAUUAAUGAUACAUGAAAAAAAAAAAUUUAAGAAGCUUCUGAUAUAUUUUUUAUUAUAUAAUAAUUAUCUAAAAUUAAAUGCAUCUAAUAUCUUUGAAAAUGCAAGUAACAUAUAUGCUACUAUAUCAAAAUUGAGAGAAGCGACAGGUGUAACAGAUAUUUAUGAUAUAAACCAAAAGUUCCAAGACAUUGAGAAUAAGAAAAAUUUAUUACAGAAAGAAGAAGAAAUAUCACAAAAAAAACUUGAAGAUGCUAUUAAAGAAUAUAUGAUGUUAAAUAAUGAAAUUAUAAAUACUUUUUCAGAAGAUAAAAAUAUUCUAAAGAAAAAAAUUCUUAAUGAAAAAGAAAGAAUAUCAGAAGAUAUAUAUGAGCUCUAUAAACUAGUAUUUUCAAGUGAAAAAGAAUUAGAAGAUAUUAAUAUAAAAAUGGAUAAAAUAAAAAAAUUUUUAGAAAAACAAAAUGAUUAUUUUAACUCAAUACAUAUGGAAGAUAAAAUAGAGUUCCAUUCUAAUGAAGACAUGCUUCAAUAUAUAAAAAAUUUAAAACUUACUAUUGAGAUACUAAUGAGAAUAACACAGAAAAAUAGGGAAAAUGGAAAUAUUAGUAGAUCCUAUAAAUCUUUAGAGUUUUUGGAGAUAAUUAAUUUGUAUAAAAAUGUUGAUUUUCACAAGAAUAUGUGCAGGGUUGAGGAUUCUCAGGAUCUUGAAAAUACUAUCAAAUUAGAAUCAAAAAUUUUGAAUAAAGGAAAGUUUCUAUAA